AAUAUUCAGCCUUGGAUGGAUAUUGAAAAAGUCUGCUCUUGUUCAAUCGUGUUUCAGAACUUCUUGGCACUCUGUGCUAGUGAUUAUUACGACGGAACCAUAUUUCAUCGAAACAUAAAAGGCUUCAUGAUCCAGGGUGGAGAUCCUACAGGCACAGGCAAGGGAGGGACAAGCAUUUGGGGGAAAAAGUUCAACGAUGAGAUACGUGAGUCACUUAAGCACAACGCCCGGGGAAUACUAUCAAUGGCAAAUAGUGGACCAAAUACCAAUGGAAGUCAGUUUUUCAUCACCUAUGCAAAGCAACCUCAUCUGAAUGGGCUUUACACUAUCUUUGGGAAAGUAAUCCAUGGUUUUGAAGUUCUUGACAUUAUGGAGAAGACACAGACAGGGCCAGGGGAUCGACCACUUGCUGAGAUUAGACUGAACCGGGUGACCAUACAUGCAAAUCCUCUUGCUGGCUGAUGGAGGCCUGUACCUAUAUUUCAUGUUUUGUUUUUUUGUUUUUUUUUAAUUAACUACUUAAAUUUUGAAACAUUUCAAAGCAAUUGCUAAUGUGGUAAGUUAUUAAAUAACUAUUUGACUCCCAUAAAAUUAUGAUCACUACAUAGUAGAUUAUGUUAGGGAGUGUAAAGCAAAGGAGAAUCAAAGUUGGUCUUAAUACACUAAUGAUCAUAUCCGAUUUUAACUCAAAAGCUUAACUUUAUGG